AUGGGAGCCUGUAUGAAAAAACAGAAUAAAAACGUGAGAGUUUCUCAAGACAUCCCAACAAUUGAAAGCCCCUGGCGAAGAAGAAGCGCAUCUCUAAAUCCUUUGCGAGACGUAUUUUUGCAAAAAAGUAAAAAUUAUUUAGACAUUCACCUUGACUACGAGUUCAUCAGAGUUCUUGGUCACGGAAAGUACGGCAACGUGAACUAUGCGAAAAGCAAAGAUCCUCUUAUAAAGCAGGAAUAUGCAGUGAAAAGUCUUAUUAAAGCUAUGAUAGAAGACAAAAUGAACGUUAUUCAUAGAGAAUUAGAGAUUUUAUGCUUUAUUACACUGAAUAUGCUUUUCCUAAUAUUUGCAUAUACAAUAAAUAUGAUUUAGAAAUACUCUCAGUUGACCAUCCCAAUAUUGUAAAAUUUUUCUAUGCCUAUGAAGACCCAAAAUUUAUCCACAUAGUCACUGAAUAUUGUUCAGGCGGCGACUUACUGUCAAAACUAUGCGAGGUUGGAACAUUUUCUGAAACAGAAACUGCAAUUAUAAUAAAAAACCUCCUUGGAGCACUUAACUAUUUGCAUAGCAUGGGGAUAUGCCACCGAGAUAUAAAGCUUGAUAAUAUUCUUCUGGCCUCAGAAGGAUCACUUUCUGAUAUAAAGCUUAUUGAUUUUGAUUUUGCUAAAAGAAUUGACACUUCACUAUUGGACAUGAAUACUGUUGUUGGGACGCUGCAUUUUAUUGCCCCAGAAGUUUUUGACAGAAUUUGUGGGACCCCAGCUGAUAUCUGAAGCUUAGGAAUCGUCAUGUACGUACUAUUGGUAGGUAAACCACCCUUCAGAGCAGAAAGCGAAAGUGAGAUUUUAGGGCAAAUUAAAAGUCGGACUUUGGAUUUAAAUGAUAAAGAAUAUCGGAGAAUAAGCUCAGCUGGCAAAGAUUUGCUAUCUAAGCUGCUAGAUUUUGAUUAUAACACAAGAAUUACUGCAGAAAAUGCAUUAAAACACCCAUGGUUUAUUAGCAUCAACCAAAAGUCAAAUUUUUAUAAUAACGAAAGAAUAUUAAAAAGACUUAAACAAUAUCAGGUUAAAGGGAGACUUAAAAAAGAAAUAAUGAAAAUCAUCGUAAAAGUCCUUGAUACAGAUGAAAUCCAGCAUUUAAAAGAAGUCUUUGAGCACUUGGACCUUGACCAUAACGGUUAUAUCACUUUAGAAGAGCUAAAGCAAGGCUUAAAUGCUGUAGGAAUCACAGACUCUUCAGAAAUUGAACGCAUUUUUGAUGUCCUAAACGAUACAGAAGCUAAAAUAAAUGGCGGAAUUAGAUACUCUGAUUUUCUUGCAGCCACUCUAAAUAGAAAAGCAGCACUUACAGAGUCCACUUUAUGGGCUGCAUUUAAAUACUUUGAUCAUGAUAACUCAGGUAAAAUCACUCCUAGUAACAUAUAUUUGGCAUUAAAAAGAACUGGAGUUGAUAUACCAGCUGAAGAAAUGGAAAAAAUGCUAAAAGAAGAAGGGAUUUCGACUUCGCAUAAAAUUGAUUUUGCUGAUUUCAAGAAAAUUGUGAUGCGUAAUUUUUAUGUAGCUGCAGAAACUUUCAUUAAGAAAAAAUCGCUUCAGUCUAAAAAAGGGGCAGGGCCAGCUAUAGGGGAUAAUGGGGUUGGACUUAGCUAUAUGUAA